AUGCUAUCUCCCAGUCCACGGCGCCUCUCCGGCAACCCAUCCUUCACACCAUCGGAGAGUACUCCCGUUGCCCCACACGAUGGCGACUUGGACGAAACCCCAGUUGCUCCUCUCGGCUGUGACCUUCCCCUCGCCCCUGCUACACCUCGUGUCCCAGCUCCAGUUACACAUAUCCACGCCGGCCGCUAUGAGUUCGAGGAAGCGCCCCCUAUCAAUCCAACCUCUCCCUCACCUAGCAAGCCUCGGAUCCGAGUUCCCAUCAGUGCUCUGCUUGACAGCCAGGACAGCAUUCUUCCAGAGACCUUGUCAGAGGAUGCCACCGACAAACGGAGCGGGGUGGACAUCGACUCCAUGCUCAAGCCUUCUUUCCCUCGUCCAAUCAAACCAGUGCCCAACUCUCCGCCCCUAGGCGAUCUGCGGGUUCUCCUGUUCGGCGACGAGUACACUUGGGGAUUCUCGCCCGAUGAUCUCGACCACGGGGAUUUCUCAGAGGAUAUGAAGAAACACCAGCAUUACCCAAAGGUUAUCAAGAAAGCGUUUGACCAGUACAACAUCCGGGCCAGCCUAAUGGUCAGCAGCUCUGUCAAAGAACAGGUUGGAAGCUUCGCCGCCAGGUUGCAAAGCAGCCUGAAUGCAACGUGGUACGACUGGGUCGUAAUAUGGGGUGGUUCACACGACCUCCUCAGUGGAGCCAAUGCCACGGACAUUUAUAAGGGCCUCGAAGAAGCUUACAUUGUUGCCUGGAAUUCUGGGUCAAACGUCCUACUGCUCACGCUCCUCGAGUCUAGCGACUUUACAGAGGACAUGGAGGGGGAGCGAGAAGUGCUCAACGAACUGAUCAGCAACACAAACAUGAGAGCGCACGGUAUGCGCACGAUCCACGGGCUCAAAAUCCACCAACGCCUGCCCAACCACUCGCGUUCGAUCGCUCAGAGAGCGGGAUCGAGUGAGGCAUACGCCGACGAGUACGAGGCGCGAUGGGCAGAGAAGGGCAUAUACCCUUCGCCAGAGGGUUACGAGAUAGUCGGCAACCUGGUUGCCAAGGAAAUUUGGCAGUGCUGGGGCAUAUACCCUGUCCAUGACGAGCGCAAAGCCCGCAUAGAGACUUUGUUUCUGGAUUAG